GCACAGGCUGCGAAUGACGUAGGGCUCAUUCUGCGAAAACACCGUCAGGUUCGCGUGGACGUCUAGUUAAACCGAAUAUAUUUCAACUUUAGUGAAAGUUGUUUUAACUGUUUUCUACAUAACUAUGUCCUGCGUGGCACUAGUUUGGUAUUUGACAAGCAAUACAUAUUCAUCCGCUUCUACAUGAGUGUCAAGAGCGCAGCAGUACCCGGAUGGACUGUCAUGGCCGCCGUCGCUGUGGUUCCAUAGAGAGGAGAGAAGGAAGACAAAUGUUUCUGCUGUGUGUUUUUCUACCAUAACCUCCUUUUUAUAAUGUCGGACGUUGACGGGACGCCGCCUGAACUUCCAUCGAGUUAAUAGCACCGUGACUACACUACAAGCUCCUCUUCUGCAGAGACAUCAUGCAUUAAAUGUUUGGGUUUUUCCUAAAGGAGAACAGGUAUCAGCAGUUUUACAACUAUGGAAGAAGACCUCACAAUACCUCAUGAUUCUGCCAAAAACUGCAACAUAUCAGUAGCAGAGGAUGAAAAAGAAAAGGUAAAAGACUUUGUGUAUAAGCAUUUCAGAGAAGUGACAGAUGGAUCACUCUUCAAUAAUGCAGAAGAAUCUUCUAUUAAGGACCAUGGGAGUUCCACCAAGAAGGAUAAACAAACUCUCAAUAAAACCCAUUGUAAAAUUCACCAGGGGGCUGUUUUCUCCGGCAAGAUUCUGAGUUUUGAAUGCUCGGUGUGUAAAGAUGAUUCAACAUAUAGCCCUAAUGAUCUCCUUAAACAUUUUCGAGCAGCUCAUAAAGGAACACUUCCUACAUACCCUUGUGACCUGUGCGGGUUUGUCACGAAUGAGUUCCCUGCUCUUCAACGCCAUCGGAUUGAGCACAGGAAUACUCUGGUUACAUGUGAGCUCUGCAACGACGAUGUUCAGUACUCUCUGCUUCUGCUUACCAGACACUACAUCAUGUGUCAUAGUCUAAAUGGACAGUUUAACUGUGACUGGUGUGAGUUUACAACUGUGGAUGCAGGUACAUUCGUCCAGCACAUCCAUCAUCAUAAUGAGAGUCCUUGGAAGUGUUCAAAAUGCAGGCACAUCAGCAUGAAUGAAGAGGAUCACCAGAAGCAUAUGAAAGCUCACUUGGGUACAUUCCCCUUCACUUGUCAGAUAUGUGGAUAUGGUGCAGCAAGGAGCGAGUACCUUAAGAAGCACAUGGCAGCUGUACACAAAGAGGAGGCUGAGAGAAGGAAUGUAUGGAAGGCUAUAGAAGACAAUGGCACUCCAGCAAAUUCAUCUGCAAGCUUAAAACUUUUGCUAAAAAAGAGUGGUGAAUCCCAGGAGGCUCAGAGGAUAUCAAAAGUGAACAGUCUUUCUGGGAGUGUAUCAAACCAAAAUGGCAGGCUAAUGAAACCAGAAAUAUCCUUAGAGGAGACCCACCAUUUUGCGGAUGGAAUUGUAGCAAAAAAGGACAACAAAAAUUGGGGCAAAGGCUCUCAUAACACAGAUCAGUCAAUGCCAGUAAUGUUACAGGAAUGUGACAACUCUGCAAAUUCUGAUGCUUCAAGCCACGCCAAUCCUAAUGGACUGACGGUUCUGAUGGUUAAGAACAAAAUCUCUCUUCCCCCCAACUGCACAACCAAAGUAAUGGGAUUCAAGAUGGUUGAUGGCAAAAAACAUUUAGUUCUCAAAGUAAUACCAACAGCAAAGCAAGACUCAUGCAUGCAGAACCAUUCCUCAGUUGAAGAUGUGGGCUCCUCAGCCCCAAAUCCUGUGUUGAAUAAAAGUAAAGUCUCUAUUGAGAAUGGGGAACGCUUUGAUGGCAAGAGCUCAACAUCGCAUUGCCUUGCAGUUUCACCAAGAAGUGGAUCUUGCCUACAUAUGGAUCAAGAUGAUAUUAUGGCUGUAAAAGUAAAGACUGAGGAGGAAGAAACCUCUGUUUGCAACUUUGAUUCCAUCCCACACAGAGUUGAUGUUGAGGAACAGACUAAUCCUAUGCUAAAUAGAUCUUUGACUUGUGCAGAUACGUUAUAUCCCAUGACAAAUGAGUUUGAUCAUGUGUGCGCCCAAAGUCACCCAAGUCAAAACACCUGCUCAGAGAGAAGUAAGUUUGAUAUCUCAAUCUCAACAUGUAACUCUGAUGCAAACAGCCAAAAAAGCAGCAAUACUGUGUGUGCCGGUAAGGUCACUGGUUUAUCUCCACCUUCAAAAGUUGCUCAGGAAACAUUACUUUCCAAACAAAUCUCGAGAAAAACAGUUGAAAACUGUGGGGCAGCAGAUGAGUUAUCAAUGACUGAUACAGUAGCAGACAACUCUUCCUUUAACACUAUAGAAAAUGAAGAUCAAUCUUCUCACAGUACUCCCGAAAAGGAUAACCCUAACAGGGUUAGAACUGAAAUUAAAUAUAAAAAUGGCCAGCAAAUCUUUAAGAAGCCUUCAACAAACCAGCCUCCGUCAGAGUCAUCCCCACCUAUUCCAGGCAGCAGCAGAGAAAGUGCCAUGGGUUCUGAAAACUGCUCACAAAAUUCACCAAACCAAGAAGUAUUUACUUUUCACAAUUAUUCCAAGGAGACAUUCAGCACAUCACCUAACACUACCCAAAAUAUUGCCCAUAUGUCUGAACAUUCAGCAGAAAAAGAACUUAUUUGCGAGUCAUCUCAGUUUAGCUUGACUUUGGCAGAGUCUCCAGAACCAAUCACAGAAAGUGGCAAUGGAGAAGACUCAAUUCAAGAAAAUAUUUGGGAGGGCAUAAGCAAAGUGUCUGAUAGUGAUAUUGAGGUUGAUGAGUGCAUAGCUAGUGUUGAUAAUUCUCCAACGGAGGAUGAAAAUCCUGAGUCAGUGCUCCAAGACUUUAAUAUUAUCAAAAUAGAGGAGGAGAGCAUUCCUAUAUCCAAAAAACAGUCAGAAACCAACUGUAGUUCAACUUCCCUGGGCAGUUUUGUGGAGGAACAUUCAGACGCAAUCAUAACCAAACAACUUAAUAAAGAAAGAGUUGGAUCUUCUAGUGCAAGCAAUGAUUCUUUAAAACAAACGAAAACAACUCUACGAAUUCUUCAAUUGCCAGAGGGUAAGCAAUCAGUACUCCUUAGGACUACUGAGAAUCGAUUUGCCAUGCCAUUGCAGGUCAAGGCCAACCCAGGUUUCAAACUGAUAACGAAUUCUGCUAACCCUCAGAUCAAUUUAUCUUACAUGAAGCCAGGGUUAGAAAGAUCAAGUAACCCUACUGGCAUAACCCUUGCUCCAAACAGCAGGAUAGGUAUCUCGGCACCAAAGGCAGGAGCCACUGAAAAAGGGACAUCCCUUCUCUCUGCUGUUCAACCAGGUGUUAGCACCACCUCAAGUCACUACUUUAUCAACAGCCCAACUUUUAAGGGUCCUGUACUCCUUUCAAGCACACCGCAUAAUACACCUACAGACAAGACAGCAAAGACGCAGCCAACUUGCUACUUAGUUCAGAGGUCUGUUCCAUUUGUUCAGACCCCCAGUACUCCUGGGCUCAGAUUGGCAAGUGCACAAUUACCACUGAACUCACGGCCAGUUCUGGCCAUGCCCAUGAGCUCUGCAGACAAACCCAGCACUCUGCAGACUGGUCGUCAGGCGUUCUUGCUCCGAUACAUCUCUCCACCCAAAUCAGGCGUACUAUUGAACAACCAAGAUGCAAAGACUGGGGCUCAGUAUAGCCAAACCAGUGACAGUACUGGAAACAAAGUCAUAUUUAAAAUUGUCACUCCUUCUGGUAGCCUCCUUACAAGUGGCGCUCCCACCUCAAGCAGUCAGCCUUUGUUUUUGGCCACCAGACCUCAGACCCAGUGUUUUUUAGUGUCAUCAAACAAAACUAAUGCAAAAGCCUCAAGCGGAGUAAAGAAACUGAUCACCAUACAAAAUACUGCACAGAAAGAUGUCAAGGAAUCUUGCAUUUCACCCUCUCAGAUGAAUGUAAAGGUACCACAGUGUGAAGCAGAGAAACCUAUCCUAGCCCCAAGGCCGAUUCGGCCUCCAAGCCAAAGGAAAAGGCGCAGGAAACCAUUAUUUGAUGAGCUUCCAACAACGGUGCAUAAAGCUAGAAGACUCACAAAUAAAGUACUGACUGAGAGAGAGACUACUGUGUUAUGGAAGCCUGUAGCCAAAGAAGUUGAAAGGAAACUGAGACUUGCUCCUUUCAGUUCUCUACAGCAGGUCAAAUGCCCACGUAGAUACCAACCUGUAGUGGUGCUCAAUCAUCCAGAUGCUGACAUUCCUGAAGUGGCCAAUAUCAUGAAGGUAGUGACCAGGUACAAAGGUGCUGUUACUAAGGUCUCUCUGUCUCAGAAAACAAUCGAAGCGCUCUCUGAACUUGGUGCUCUAGGGAAGAAUACCUCGAUAAAAGGUGUGUCGUCUCACAGCGAUGAUCCAAGACCUAGGCCAGUUCGGAGUUCUGUCCGAGAGCGAUUCCUCCUGAAACUGAAGUUAAGGAAAAAAAGCAAAAAAAAGUACGAGGUAGUGGAAACUUUAUCAGGUUGUAGACAAGAGCCUGUGGUGUUUGACUGCUGGUUUUGUGGUCGGCUCUUCAACAGCCAAGAACAUUGGAUUGGCCAUGGCCAACGGCACCUGAUGGAGGCAACUAGAGACUGGAAUAAACUGUUCUGAAAGUUUUCCAUCACCUUUAAAUGGGUUGAUAUUCUGUCCUUUUCGAGGUGGAACAAGCUGAAGUUGUAUAUUUUUAAUGACCUUCCACUAUACGUUCAAUUUCCGUUCCUGUAAAUACAUAUUCUUAAGUGAAUCAUAGUUUAUCUUUUCAUAGGCAUAUUCUGGUAAAUUAUGUACUGCAAACAUGAUUUAUAUCAUGCAUGCACAGGUCAAAUUGAACUGUGAAAAUGGUACACUGUAAUUAGGAGUUGUUGUAAGAGCACUAGGUUAAAGAAAGGGGGCAAUGUCAGCAAAUGUUGUAUGCAGAGUUGGAUUAAUUACUCAGGUGAUUUCAUAUUAAUCUGGUUUGUCAUUUUUGCUCAUAAAUUUCAGAAAAGCAUAGGCCUAGUUUAAGGGACUUUUGUAUCUGCUUUUAUUAUCCUGCACAUGACAGGAAACUGUAUUUGUAUAGCUUAACUCUAAAGCUUGUAGACCAAUUCAAUUGUUUUGCGCUUGUGAUGAAUAAACUGUUUAGUCCAAAAUAUUCCUUUUUGUAUGAUGAUUUAAGUAAAGGGGUAUAAUUUUACACUAUUGUCAGGAUUUUGUCAACCUGUAGCAUGCAUUUGUUAUAACUAGACAGUAAUCUCUUUAGUCUGCCAAGUGUUGAAAAUAGACAGGUGAUUUUAUAAAAUACUUUCUUGUAUCUGUACUUGAGAAAUACACAUCAGCCCACUUUACACCCUAUGCAGUUUUGACCUAACAAUAUCUUUGUGGUAGCGGCUUAGGCGGUUUGUUGUGAAUCAUGUGAAUCCACAUUUGAUUUCUGUUUACUUAUAAAUAUUAAAGGUCCCAUGAAUUUGC